AUGGGCUGCCCCAGCGGCGCGGCCUGCACCGGCCUUCUCUGGACCGAGAUAGUCAAAAGGUUUUGGAGGAUCUCUAGGCGAUCUGUGAGCGCUGCGACGGUAUCUCUCAAAUUCUCAUUCUCCCCUUCGAGCGUCGUGACGCGCUUCUCGUACUCGGCCGUCAUGUUCUUGCGCCUAAUCCGGGACAGCUUGGCGCUCUCGCGGUUCUGCGCCUGGCGCUGCAGCUUGCGCUGCUCUUCCGUAAGGUGCGGGUUCUUCCUCUUGCGGCCGCGCUUCUUCGGUAGCUUGCUGUCGUCCUCCACGUGCGGGUGCUCCGGGUUGAGCCCGAUGAUCUGCUGCUCGACGCCCGCGGCCGCGGAGCUCGCCGACGGUGUAGCGGGGUUGCCUGGGGCGUUCGCUGACUGCGUCCCGCCGACCGAAGGGUCCUUCGAGAGCGUGCCUGCGGCGGCGGCGGCAGCCGCGACGGCGGCGCCAAUCGCGGCGGACGGGUUUGCGUUGGACUUGUUGGUAUCAGAGUCGGAAUUGUGGCGGUUAUUGGUCGGCGAGGGGUUGGUGUUGUCCCCGUCGGGGUUGUUGGUAGGCUUGUCCGGAGGGUUUGCGGGCGAGUCGCGCGAAUCGCGUGACGCGGGGGAGCCUUUGGCACUUGCAGCAUCAUCGGUAUUGUGGGUGCUCCCCGUAGCACCGGUGGGCUGCGGGGCGGUCUUACGUAUGUCAUUGCGGUCCUGA